ACACAAGGUGGAAAGCUCCGGGUUAUGGAGCCCUUUAAGCGUCGUCUUGGACUUCAAUCCUGAAGAUGCCUUGGCACGCACUCUCAUCUUUGGUGGUUCCACUAGGGUAAUGUUCAAUGACUGGACGGAGUUUCCCGUGGACAAAAACUCAGCACUAGUGUCGUACAAUACAGAAACGUAUCACUCCAUCUGCGCCACUUACACGUACUGUUCAGACGACGUGAAGAAACUAUCUCCAGAGAGCCGCAACUGCCUAUUUAGCGAUGAAUUGCGCCCGCAAUACUUCCACGGCUACCAUAACUCGGACUGUGACAUGAUGUGCCAAGUGCACACGAUCGAGCAGCAGUGCAAUUGUGUAUUACCCUUCGUCCCGCACGUCCGAAAGCAGGUCGCUUGCAACCUCACCAGCUUGCCCUGCGUGGUCGAAACAAGAAUGCAAAUGCAACACUUGUUACAAAAGAAGCAUUGUGACUGCCUGGGCGACUGCGAUUUUCGGGAAUACACAGUUGAUAUUACCGCUGGCAACUUGGAUGGCAUCUCUUAUAGUUUUACCACAGACUUUUUAUACCACAUGAACGUGAACAAGAGCACUUCUUUGAUGAACUUUAUCUUUCUGACACCGUCGUACGUCAAGCAGAGACAGGAGACUGUCAUGUCCAUAACCACUUUGUUUUCAAAUAUUGGUGGUGUAAUCGGGCUCUGUCUUGGCUGCAGUCUGGUGACCGUUGUAGAGAUAUUCUUCUACUUAUACGUCUGCUUGAGAAAUUGCUUCAUUAAAAAUAUCCGAAAGGUCAAGAAACCUUAUCGCGAACAUUAUUACAGCUUUCAUAUGUAAUUUAGAGCGUAUUUGAACUUUUCAAGUAAUUUGCAAUUUUUGUUCUGCAUCAAGCUAUGUUUGUA